CCGCCUGCAUCCCCGCCCCCGCCCCCGCGCCCUCCCCGCCUCCCGCGGCGCUUCCCGCACACGCCCGGGCGCAGAGCGGCGGCGGCGGCGGCGGCCGGAGGGGCCGGGCCGGGCCGGGCCCGGGAGGAGCGGGUGCCCGGGCGCCCCUGCACCGAGCCGCGGGCGCUGCCCCCCGCACAACUUCCCGCUGGGAUUUAAUGCCGGGAGCCGCCGCAGCCUCCGCCAGCCCAGGUCACUCUGAAUCCUAGCUCUACCCUCCAGUGUAUCUACUACACCCCCCAGCUUGGUGUCAUCUGCGAUCUUGCCGAGGGUGCAAUCCAUCCCAUCUUCCAGAUCAUCAUGGGAAUAUUCCUCCUGAUGAUCUCUGACUUUUCUCAGCUAAUGGAAUGCAAAGCAUACCCUCUGCCCUGGAUUAAUCAGUGCUACUGCUUACAGUACUCCCAGAGGGGCCUAGAAAAGAGGAACAAGUCAUUCACUAACAGAGAACUGCAAAGCUGAGAAUAUGUUUCAGACAGAGGAGCCAUUUACCCUGGAGACCACAAUUUGCUUUAUAUCCUUGUGUGCAGCUAAAGUAUAGCCCAGGCCAGACUGUUCCUCCCUUAGAUUGUUGUAAAACCAAUGUAAGAAAGAGAAUAAUCUAGAGGUGCUGUGAAUUUCUCUGGAAGAGGCUCCCUGCUUGCACACAAGUGUUAUUAUUUGGUAUUGCAAUAGCCCCCAGGAGCCCUAGUCAUGGACUAGGACCCCCCGCAGUGUACGUCCUCUACAAGACACAGAACAAAUAUGGUCCCUGCCUCAAAAAGUUUUCAGCCUAAGUAGGCAAGACUAGUUUUAGGUCACAACCAAUACUAGCUAGGUAUGCAGUUACUAGAGGCAGUUACUGUUCCUCUGACACUGUUGCUUGCCACAGGUUGGUGGGACUGGAAAUAAAUUGAAAUGAUUUGUGUAGGCAGGGAGAAAAAAGUGUUGGUCUUUGACAUGCUCUUCACACCUCUACACUGAGACCAGUCAGACAAUGAAGGCACCCACCCUUCAGUUCUGGGACUAGCAUUUCAACAGUACCCUGUAUUGUGGCUUCCUUCACAGUCGCUGCUUCCCUUUCCUGGGACAUAUCUCCAUGCCAGACAGCAUCCAAAGGGUUUAGUGUGAGAACUCCCAUCCUCUUCCUCUCCCAUCCUCUUCUUCAUCCAAGGAGAUCAAAGCACAGCUACUGAGGAAUGAAGCUCUAUAAACUGCCCCCACCCUCCAGGCCAGAAGCCAGUGCAGGAAGAAGAGACCUCGCUCUCUCCAGACCAUCUGGCAAAUGGAAUCUCCUGACCUUGACCAUUAUCGCCUGACCGGAUUUCCUCCUUAAUGCCUCUGUAAUAAGCUCCACCAGACAGUGGGUCCCUUGGCUAGUCCUGUGCACUCACCUCAGCUUCCCUGCACCCUCAAGGUGUAAACUGGGAUGGAAGUAGAACAGCUGACAGUGAGGUGGCACAGCAGGGAAGACAGCUGCAGCCACCACAGGGGAUCACUGUGGGCUGAAGAUUUCUGGAUGCCAGGUCCCAUCCAAAUGGAGGCUCCUUCUCCAGUAAUGCCAAGUGCAACCUGGCACUCUUAAGUGAAGGUGAAAGCCAAAAGUUCCCAGGGAAAAAAACUCCCUCCUGGGCCUUGUCUUAUGAAGGACAUUUGGCAGAGUUCUGAAACAGGAGGAUUGCUCAGCCAUGUGAACUGGGAUUGGGUUCCAAUGUCUGCAGCCGAGGCAGGGUCCUGUGGCCAGCAUAUCUUUUUCUCUGCCAUGACAGCCAUGAAGCCAGGCAUUGAGACAGGCUUUAUUGCUUUGAUUUCUACUGUCUGAGAAUCCCUAAAGGUAACUGCCGCAUACUAUUAUCCAGCAGCUCCUGGGCCUAGUAGAGGAAGCUGCUCAGCCCAGCUCCACUGUGAUUGUGUGCUCAGCAAAAAUGCACUCAUUUGGAACAGUCACUGAACUGCAGAGAGAGGCUAAUAUCCCCUGUGGGAAGGGUAAGAUAAACCUUCACCUUCUACUGAACCUGCCCACAACAGGAGUCAGGAGCACUCUUAUUGGGCCUUUGGUGGCCUCAUUCUAUAACUUUUUCAUGAUGGAGAGUUCACUUUGGAGUUCCAUUCAGCAAUUUCUGGUAUUUCCAUUGGGUACAGUGCUGCAUGAAUCUGCUUUCCAUGACACCAUAUCUGUCAUCAAAGUGCUUGGGCAAAUGAACCUCAAUCUCAGAACUUUUGAAGGUCCAUUUCAAACAGAUCCUCUAGUACUUCUCCAUGAGCAUUUUGGUCUGAAAAACAAGACUGCCUUCAUCCCAGUGUCUCCUCCCAGCAUUCUAGCACAGAGGUACUUCAAGAACUGCUCCAAAGCAUCCAGGGUCCUGUGAACACAAGUGACAAUUUCCAAAUAAAAAAGCAAACAAACAAAAAAUCAUCAUCUGAAAGCACCAGCAUCUGCACACAGCAAAUGUAUGAGCUUCCACUAGGCAUGGUAGAACAAAUCCACCCAGUGCAUAAGCCAUGCCUCAGGAAUAAGGCUUCUGAAUGACCCAUGGGCUGCUUUUUAUCCACAGAGCCAGCGUCAGCGUAACCAGGUUGAGGGCCUGAGAGGCCCUCCUGUCCCCUUCUUGGGGGAUACGUGCCAAACUGAAAUGCAGACCAGACUCUCAGCCUCUUGGGGAUGCAUACAGAACCCUGAGAAAUGACAGGCUGUAUUUCAGACCAUCAGGUGCACCAUCACUGUCAGCCUUUGAGGGCGGGACAUGGCCCAGACCUCAAAACUCCACCUAAUAACGGGAUGGUGUUCAAAAAGGAGAAGAAAAAUCCCAGUGUGUGAGAGGCAAACCUGAAGGACUUAAACUUGGACUCAAGAAAAGCAAGCACUAUUCUUCGUGGAUAUUAUAAACAAGAGUUCUGCCAGAGCAAGAGUGAAGGUGAAUCUCAGUGAGAAGAGAUACUGGGAGGCCACAAGACUGUGAUUUCUGAUGACUUUGGGCCAUUCAGGAAGAGAUGGGCACCCUUUAUCAAGCUGUUUCGCCCUUGUUACCCCCCUGACUUGUUCCUAGCAGUACAAGUCUGAUUUGCUGGCUUGAUAAUUAAACUGAUUUCCAGGGAUCUGCAUGAGAAUUACAGGCUUGCUUCCAAAAAGCACAUUAGAGACACUGAAUUGCUGCUCACAAGCUAUAGAGAGAGCAUUCUUUCCCCUCUUACACUCUUUCCCCUCUUACAAUGAAAAACCUGAACAGAGAAAUCAGAUUUCUUAAAGAGGCCUGCAUUGUUUAAACUUGGCAGAGUCUUUGAGGAGAGUGACAGGAAAUGCGCUGGACUACCUGACUGAUGCUCCAGGGGACAGAACUGUGUUGGCUAAAUAGCAGAGCUGGCUAGAUUUAAGAUUGUGGGGUCAGCUUUUAUGAAGGCUGAUGUGGAAGAUACAGUGGAAUUCUCUGCUGCUACUGUUGCCUGACUCUGGAGGGCAGAGGUUGUUUAGGGAUCUGUUCCUUCGGCCUUUUGGGACCUUUGAUAUAGAAGAGUGGGUUGACGUGCCUGGUGGCCUUGGUGCUUUGCUGAUCACCACUGACCCUCUUCACCCAACCAGCAGGAUUUCCCUUCUAAGGCAGCCUCGUGCUUGAAGCAAUACAAGGGGGCAAAGAAGCAGUAGACCAGCUCAUCUCACCAUGGUGCUCCCACCGCCUGACAAGCGCCAUGUGUGUCUGACCACCAUUGUCAUCAUGACCAGCAUGGCCUUCAUGGACGCCUACCUGGUGGAGCAGAAUCAAGGCCCUCGGAAGAUUGGUGUCUGCAUCAUUGUUCUGGUGGGAGACAUCUGCUUCCUCAUCGUGCUACGUUAUGUGGCGGUAUGGGUGGGAGCUGAGGUAAAGACAGCUAAGCGGGGCUAUGCCAUGAUCCUAUGGUUUCUCUACAUCUUUGUGCUGGAGAUUAAGCUGUACUUCAUAUUUCAGAAUUACAAAGCAGACAAGAAAAACUUGGAGACGGUAGCCAGAAAGGCCCUCACUUUACUUCUGUCCAUAUGUGUGCCAGGGCUCUACCUGGUGCUGGUGGCCUUGGACAGCAUGGAGUACAUACGAACCUUCAGGAAAAAGGAGGAUCUACGGGGACGACUGUUCUGGGUGGCCCUCGACCUGCUGGAUAUAUUAGACAUUCAGGCCAACCUGUGGGAACCACACAAGACUGGGCUGCCAAUCUGGGCAGAAGGGCUUAUGUUCUUCUAUUGCUACAUUCUGCUCCUGAUCCUGCCUUGUGUCUCUCUCAGUGAGAUUAGCAUGCAAGGGGAGCACAUAGCUCCACAGAAAAUGAUGCUCUACCCUGUCCUUAGCCUGGUCACCAUCAAUAUUGUCACUAUAUUCAUCCGGGCCAUUAACAUGGUCUUGUUCCAAGACAGCAGGGUCUCCACCAUCUUUAUUGGCAAGAACAUCAUUGCCAUAGCCACUAAGGCAUGCACUUUCUUAGAAUAUAAGAAACAGGUGAAAGAGUUCCCACAAAAUGCCAUUGCUCUGGAGCUCCAGCAGAACUCUCUCUCUCACAAUCAGACUAUCCACAGUACACAGGGCAUUCCUCAUGAGCCGUCACCCACCAGGGAGAUUCUGGAUACAUGACAAGUCACCCCUGGACAUCAGCAUUUGCUCAGAUUGCCCUGGGGGUGGAGGGAGGUGGGAUGUUGCUCUCUCGCUGCAUGGGGUGGGUGUGAAGGACAAGUCCCAGCAGGGAGAGCUCUUCCAGGCACAAAACACCUACCAUGUUUUAAUCAAACAGUGGAGUGUCCCCUAGACCUCUUCAUCUCAGGUAUAACCCUAGGAGUCCUCCAGACAAACCAAAUGAACUUGCAAAGGACCUGAACCAGCUAUGUCCCCAGUUUUCCUUCUACCCACUUCUCCCUGCCCAGACAAGUUCCCUGAUGCUGAGAUUUCUCUCUCUCUCUCUCUCUUCCUUAAGAACCUCACUUUUGCUCCAAGUCUGGAAUGAAGAUUUUUCUUACCAGAGUCCUUUUUAUGGAGUGGGGAUAGGGGAGGGGUAUUUGAACCAGUAAAUCCUGUGAUCGUAGGUGUCUUUUAUUCAAAUUGUUGUGUUUACAGUUUCCUAUUUAUAACGUCUCUUGGGAGUUCCAGUCUGGGUUUUUGGGGGGGUUUUGGUAGGGGGCAUGGUUUAUUUAAGUUAGUAAUCUCCUGGAAACAGCUCCUGUGACUCCUCUUUCCAGUAGCAACUAUACAAAGAGCAGCAUCCAACACUAUAAAUAAUCUCGACUUGUGCUAUUCUGCUAAGGCUGCCAGUUGGGAAGGAAGCAGGGAGGUAUCCAUCUCUGCCAGUGCACUAAACCAACUCUGCUAGGAGCAAUAUUUGACAAGCUAAUGUUAAUCUAAUGCUGGUGUUUUAUGUAUCUCGUUCACUUCAAACAACUCAGCACAAUAUUUCUAUUUUUAGAAGGGUCUUUCUCUCUCUCCCCCUCUUUCUUUCUCUUUCUGGUGGUACAAACAUUUCUGACUAGAACGUAUGAUUCAGGGCAGUGCAGCUGCUCUGGUGAAACCAGCCAGCAUCAACACAAGGGGAAGCCAAUGCCGCGGAGAGCUAAUAAUAAUGAAGAUAACAAUGAUAACAAUGAUGCAUUUUGCUCCAGCAUCAGUGUUUAUAAAGAGGGCUGCUUUCCACAGCUACUAUAUUUUUUAAAAUAAAAUAUUUCCAAAAAAUUGCAGAAAGCUCUACUUGUGCCAUGUGGUGGCAGGAGGGCUGGGACUCAGCACCAUAUACAAAUCUCCUUCCCUUUGGGUAUGUGCAUGGUGUCGGGGGCUCACAUGGGUUCCUGGGGUGGGAGCAGCUGAACCAUAAUAAAAUCCCAAUGAGAACAAAUGG